UUAGUUUCGAAUUCGGAAAUGUUUUAAAAAUUCAUUCCUUAAAAUGAAUACUAAAACAUAAAUUCUUCCUUCCUCUACUCUACAUUUUAUAUACAUGUAUAUAUAUAUAGAUACUCAUAUCAUAUAUAUAUACAUGUGUAUAACUAUUUCAAACUUAAAACAACUUCAAAACUACAACAAUUUUAAAACAAAACAAAAAAACAAUAAAAAUAAAUAAAUAAAAUAAAGUUAUUUGUUUUGAAAAAAAUAGAAAAAAAAUAAAAUAGUUAUUAUUUAUAAAAAAAACACAAGAAAUAAAACGGUUAAAUUUAACUUCCAUAAAAGACACAAAACGACAACAAAAUGUACAAAGAAAAAUCUAAUUCCGAUUCGGAGCUUUACUGUCGCCGGAAAAAGUGUGAGAAAUAUAAAAGAAGCAGUAUGCCGACUUCAAUUUAUAAUAAUUUAGAAAGUGUUAAAAAUUCAACAGUACCUAUAGAAAAAACGCCUGAUAAAAAUUUUCAUGAUCCAUGGAUAACUAGUGGUAAAUUAGGUUCAAAGGAUGCUGUUUUAAUAUUUCGCACCGAUACUUUAAAUGAUUUCGAUGAUUUACCACUGAAAUCAAAAAGUCCAUCACCAGCAGUAUUACAAGCAACAAGUAGUAAACCAAAUACAAAGUCUUUCCAGGUUUUACAAGAAGUUAAAGAUUUGGAGCCAUUAUUGCUAUCAGAAAAUAAUAGUAAAACAAUUGUUAAUAAUACAAGUAAUAAAAGAAAUAUAAAUAACAUCAAUAAUAACAACAAUAGCAACCCAAAUUUAAAUAAUUCCUCUAUAAUUAAUUUUAAUAGUAAUAGUUGUAUUAAAAACAAUAAAAUAUUAACACCACUGCCAAGGAAUAAUAUUGAAAAUAAUAGUAGUAGUAGUAGUAGUAACAGUAAUAUUUUAUUACAACAUCAAACACAAGAUGAUUCUCGAAAUCAACAUCAGCAGAAUCAAUUGCAACUUCCCCAAAGAUCAAUUUCUGGUAUAAUAACAUCAGUUAAUUCAAAUAAAAAAUCAACGUCCCAACCAAAUUUAGCUAAAAUACAAACAAUUAAUGAUUAUCAAAAAUUAAAUCAAAAUCGUAGUCCAUUAAAUUUAAUCAAAUCUUCGCCAAAGAAACGUUUACAUGAUUCUUUGUCAUCAAGUGAAAGUUCUAUUUCAACGGAUAAUGAUGAAUUAUUUGAAUCAAAAUCAAAUAUUAUGAAAAAUUCUGAUAAAAUUAUAAAUGAUGUUAAACAAGAUAAAGAAAAUUAUGAUCAAUCAAAUAAGGAAAAUAUUGAUGAUUUUCAAAUAUUAGAUCCAUGUGAUAUGCCUGCUUUUCAUUUAAAUAUUACUUAUAAGUUUAUGAAUACUGAAACGAGAUUAUUGAAAAAAAUUUUUGCCCGACAUGGCCUAGUUGAAUCUGAAAAUGAUCAACCAUUUACUUUAUUAUGGACUGGUGUUCAUAUGAAACCAGAUAUUUUAAGAAAUUUAACGCCAUAUCAAAGAGUAAAUCAUUUUCCUAGAUCAUACGAAUUAACUAGAAAAGAUCGCCUUUAUAAGAAUAUUGAGAAGAUGCAACAUCUUCGAGGUUUUAAACAUUUUGAUAUAAUUCCGCAAUCAUAUGUGUUACCGACCGAAUUCAAAGAUCUUAUUACAGCACAUAAUAAAUAUCGGGGGCCAUGGAUUGUUAAACCAGCAGCUUCUAGUCGAGGGAGAGGAAUAUUUAUAAUAACAAAUCCUGAUCAAAUUCCAGCUGAAGAGGCGUGCCUAGUGUCAAAAUAUAUAGCGAAUCCUUUAUGUAUUGAUGGUCAUAAAUGCGAUAUCCGUGUUUAUGUGUUAGUGACAUCAUUCGAUCCACUUAUUAUUUAUAUCUACGAAGAAGGUUUAGUGCGUUUGGCUACAGUUAAAUAUAAUCGAAAUACUGAAAAUCUUUGGAAUCCCUGCAUGCAUUUAUGCAAUUAUAGUAUUAAUAAAUAUCAUUCAGAUUAUAUUAAGUCAGCUGAUGUUCUUGAUGAAGAUGUCGGCCAUAAAUGGACGCUUUCGGCACUACUAAGACAUCUAAGGAGUCAAGGAUGUGAUACAAAUCAAUUGAUGUCAAGUAUUGAAGAUUUGAUAAUUAAAUCACUGUUUGCUUGUGCACAGUCUGUAAUAUCAGCUUGUCGUAUGUUUGUACCAAAUGGUAAUAAUUGUUUUGAGCUUUAUGGUUUUGAUAUUUUAAUUGAUGAUACAUUGAAGCCUUGGUUAUUAGAGAUAAAUUUAUCUCCUUCUUUGGGUAUUGAUAGUCCUUUGGAUACAAAAGUUAAAGCCUCCUUAAUGUGCAGUUUAUUAACUUUAGUUGGUAUACCAGCCUAUAGUCCUGUAAUGCGAGCACAUUAUGAUACUAAUUGGACACGUUUCAGAAAUAUUGAUUAUAGCAGAAAAACAGCUUCAGCUGAUCCAUUAAAUUCUGCCAUGAGUACUAGUACUGGCGGUGGUGUAAAAAAACAGAAUGCUGUUGUUAAAAAUGAGAAUUUAUUAGCUUUGACUACUGAAGAAAUAAAAGUUUUAAAAAAUUUAAAACUUCAAAAUGCUCGUCGAGGUGGUUUCGUGAGAGUUUUUCCAACUGAAGAUUGUAUGGCAAAAUAUUCAUCAUUUUUAGACUCGGUUACUGGUAUUCCAUUAUCAACCACAAUGAUAGGUGGUCCAUCACCCUUUUCAAUGACAUUUCCACAUAAUUACAACCAUUUGGUAUUCAAUCAUUUUUACAGUAAAGAUGCCAAAGAUAAAAGUUUACAAGAUAAUUCAUUCGAACAAAGAAUGUUACAAUAUGAACGAGUACUAGAAGCUGGCAAAACGCUAUUAUAUAGGCCGAGAGCAAAGCAACCAAAAAGCAUCGAGGAAGGUAAACGAUUACGGCGUAGAAUUCGGCAAUUGAUUGAGAAUGGUAGUGAAUUAACGCAUUUGCAAGCACGUCAAGCUUUUUAUCAUUAUCUAGAACUUGUGUUAAAGCGUUUAACAGAAGAACCAAAGAGUCUACAUGAAAAAUUAAUUUUAAAAUUUAUUAAUCGAACUUCUGGUGGCAAAUCGGCACCAUUUUUAAACAGCUUAAAUUUCAAAAUGACUAAUAAAGAUCGUACUGCUAUGGUUGCUAAACUUUUAGGUGACUAUUUAGAUACAUAUAUACGUGAAACAGAAGCGUAUAUUGAUCCAUUUGAUAAUUAUGGUAUGAUAUCAAUAAAUUUAUUUAAAGAAUUUAUUAAACAUGCUGAUGAAAGUGAUUUAGAAUCAGUUUUAACUUUAAACACGAAUUUAACACAUUCAAUGCCAUUUUUAUAUAAUCGUUGUUCAUUUAAUAUACCAACUGCACCGCCGAUACCAACUGGUCCUCAUGGAUUUUUAAAAGCAUUGCCAUGUAUGGUUCCCGGUUAUAAUUCACGUGAUAAUACGAAAAUUGAUCAGUAUUAUAAAUCUGUAUCAUCAACUGAUGAAAAUUGUGAAAAAUCAAAUGAAUCGAUUGCAGAUUGUAAAGGCUCCCUGUCAAAUACUUCAACAUCUUCAUCAGUGACAUCAAAAAAUAAUAGUAAUACAAAUACUAAUAAUAGAAAUGUUAAAUUAAAUUUAAAAGAUGGUAAUAAUAGCAAUGGACAAUCGCCAAAACAAAAACCACAAAGCGUUAAAUCAUCUGUGAUCACUAAGUCGCCGAAGAGAAAAAUUCAAUCUAGAAGAUAAUUUAAUUUUUAUUUUUCAAAUCAAUUAUUGCCUAUCAAAAUUUGCUUGUUUAAUUUUUUUUUUUAAUUAGGUAGAAAUAAUUAUUCGGAAUUUAUUGAAAAUUUAUUCAAAAAAUAAAUCAUGAUUUAUUUGUUUACGUAAAUUAUUUUAAUUUACAUUUUGUUUUCUUUUAUUAGUUUUAAAUUUUUAGAAUUAUCAAUUGAACAUCUUAAAAAUGUAGAACGUUUUUAUAGAUCAACAAAAAAAAAUAAGACAUUCCAUAAUAUAAAAAUAUUGGGCUUUUAAUAAAUCAACAGUUUAAAGUAAUUUAUAGCGGAAAGUGGACUAAAACUACAUUUUUUUUUUCAAAUUGCAGCGUAACAGAUUAAAAUUUUUUUCGAAUUCUUAUAGAGCAUUAAUAAAAUUAAAAAUAAUUUGGAUCUAUAAAAACGCUUCACCAUAUAUGUUUAACUUUUAAAUUCAAAUAUAUAAUUGAAAAUAAAAACUAAAAUGAGGUAUUCCAUAUUAAUGAAGUGAUAUAUAAAAACAUAAGAAAGUAAUAAAUAAAAUUGCAAUUAUGUAGUUAAAAAUUGAUUGUAGUAUGUUAAUUUUACUUUCGAUAUUAAGUUUAAUUUAUUAUUAAUUUACAAAAUUUUAUUUUAAAAAUGUAUCGUGAACUAAUUUUUGUACCAUUAAUAAUUUUUGUUUAAAACAAAUAAAAUUAUUUUUAAUUUAUUAUAAAUGAAAAAAUUUCGAUUUUAUAUCAUAGUUAGGAAAGCAUUUAAUUGUACAAGUCAUUUCUUUCGAAUUUUCAAAUUAAAUUUAGGAAAAUCUGUAAACCUUGUAGCAAAUUAAAUUUAAAUUGUAAAAUUUAACAAAACAAUUACUUUAUACAUUUUUCCUUGAAUGAACGUUUUAAAAAUAUUUUUUGUUGCCCUACUUUCGAUAUUUCAAUUAAAAAAAAAUAAGAAAAAUAAAUUCAAGUUUCAAAAAUAUUUUAGAAAUAUUCAAUAUUAAGCUAUUAAGCAUGAAGCUAAGAAAGGCCUAAAUAUGCUCUCUUAAAUUAAGUAACACAUAAAAAUUUGAAAGAAUGACAAUACUAAAUAAUCAGUUCACAUUUAUUUACCUAUAACAUUCUUUUUUUUUAAUUUUAAUUUAAAAUAUAUCAUUAUUUUUUUAAUAAUACAUAAUCAAGUUACAUAUUUCAAAAACAUAGUAUAAUUUGAAUAAAACUUAUGUAUAAUUAAAUACACCAAGAAAUCGUUUAACAACGAAAUCAACCUAAAUUUGGUUGUGCUUUAGUACUUAGUCAAUAAGCUUAAAAAAAAUUACUAAUCUAGUCUCAAAAUAAUACAAAAAAUUAAAGCAUAAUUUCAGUUUUCCAUCUGGAAUAUUGGCUGCAACAGACUAAAAAAAAUCACUUUAGAUAUUAAGUUUAAAUAACAAUUUAUUUAAAAACAAAAAAAAGCACAGCUUUUAUAUAUAAGUAACUAUAUACUAAAAAAUACUAGUUAAAUGAAAUGAAAUAUUUUUAGUGCUUUGAUGGUGCAUUAAGAUAAUUAAUAAAUAUGUAUAAUAAUAACGUAAGAUCUUUGUUCAUACAACUACAAUAUGAUGCCAUCAAUAAAAAAAUAUGCAGAAAAUUUUAAUUGAAUUGAAAUCUUUAAAUUUUUAAGAUGAAAUAUAAAUGCAUAAAAGGUUAUACGAUAUCAACAAGAAGACAGAAAUAAAAUACAUAGUAUAAUGUACAUUUAAAUUCUAUAUUGUUAUUAAUAUAUAAUUAACAUUAAUAAGAUUGUUAAUUAUAUAUUGUCAUGACAUUUCAUAAAAAAAAUUAUUUUUCAUUUAAAAAAAUCAUCUCC